AUGAAGCCCAUCAUGCACUACCCCACCUUUCCUUUCCUCGCCUCCCAUAUCCUAAUUUUCCCAAAAGGGAAAGGCAGGCAGGAGGGAAUUCCACCUCCCAUCGACCUCUUGUGCACAAAUAUCCCUGUGUGGAGUGUCCCCGUGCCUCUAAUGCACCACCUCUAUGGGGACUGCCUGGUGCAGUCCCUACCAAAGCUUGCAAUUGCCAAGUAUCUUGUACUAAAAUCUCAGCACCCCUCUCCUGUUUUUGAUGAGUUUGUCCCUAAAAGUGCGUGUAAAGUUUCGCUUGUGACGGAAGGGCCACCGAGCCCCGCCGCCACCGCCGCCUCACCGGCUCCCCUGGACGGACAGAGCGGGGGCGCCGCCGUCGGGGUUGCCCCGUCUCUCGGGGGGGCCUCCGCCGGCAAGACGGAGGGCGGCCGGUCGGCGGAGGCCGGUCGAGGGGUGUCCCCCGGCGGCGGAGGGGUGUCCCCCGCCCCCCCGUCGUUGCUGCUGGCGGGUCCCCCCGGCAGAGCCUGCCUGAGGGCCGUGCUGGCCGAUUCCCGCUUCUUCUUGGUGUGCAUGUGCUUCCUGACCUUCAUCCAGUCCCUCAUGGUCUCCGGCUACCUGAGCAGCGUCAUCACCACCAUCGAGAGGAGAUACAGCCUCAAGAGCUCGGAGUCGGGGCUGCUGGUCAGUUGCUUCGACAUCGGGAGCCUGGUGGUGGUGGUCUUCAUCAGUUACUUCGGGGGGCGCGGACGGAGGCCCCUCUGGUUGGCCGUAGGGGGUUUUUUCAUCGCCUUGGGGGCUGCCCUCUUCUCCUUACCUCAUUUCAUCUCGCCGCCCUACCAGAUCCAGGAGUUGAACUCCUCCGUCAGCAACGAGGGCUUGUGCGUGGCCGGCAACGGCACCGCCAAAGAGCAGUGGGACUCCCCGUCUUGCCUCAAGGACUCUGGUGGAAACGACCACUCUCUCUAUGUAGCUUUAUUCAUUUGUGCCCAGAUCCUCAUCGGCAUGGGCUCCACACCCAUCUAUACCUUGGGACCAACCUACCUAGAUGACAAUGUCAAGAAAGAGAACGCCUCGCUCUACCUAGCCAUCAUGUACGUGAUGGGAGCGCUCGGUCCUGCAGCUGGAUACUUGCUAGGAGGACUUCUUAUUGGUUUCUAUGUUGAUCCUAGGACAACCGUUUAUAUUGACCAGAGUGACCCCCGAUUCAUUGGAAACUGGUGGAGUGGAUUUCUCCUUUGUGCCAUUGCAAUGCUCCUUGUGAUAUUUCCCAUGUUUACCUUUCCGAAAAAGCUCCCUCCUCGACAUAAAAAAAAGAAAAAGAAAAAGAAGAUGAACUCUGAUGAUGUUUCAAGUGAUGACGAAGUCAUGAAAGAGAAAACAAAUAGCAAAAUACAAGCAGACAGUGCGGUUCCUGCCUCCAUGGGAUUUGGAAAGAAUGUUAAAGAGCUUCCAAGAGCAGCUGUCAGGAUCUUAAGCAACAUGACAUUCCUUUUUGUGAGUUUGUCAUACACAGCUGAGAGUGCCAUUGUCACAGCUUUUAUUACCUUCAUUCCCAAGUUCAUCGAGUCACAGUUUGGCAUCCCAGCUUCCAAUGCCAGCAUCUACACUGGUGUGAUUAUUGUACCAAGUGCUGGUGUUGGUAUCGUCCUGGGAGGCUACAUUAUAAAAAAAUUGAAACUCGGUGCAAGAGAGUCUGCAAAGUUGGCCAUGAUCUGCAGCGGGGUGUCUCUGCUCUGCUUUUCAACUCUCUUCAUUGUUGGAUGUGAAAGCAUUAAUCUAGGGGGAAUAAAUAUACCGUACACGACCGGUCCCACUCUCGCCAUGGCCCACAGGAAUCUGACUGGGAGCUGUAACGUUAACUGCGGGUGCAAGAUCCAUGAGUACGAGCCUGUCUGUGGAUCAGAUGGAAUAACAUACUUUAAUCCUUGCCUCGCUGGGUGCAUCAAUGGUGGAAACCACAGCACAGGGGUCAGAAAUUACACGGAAUGUGCCUGUGUCCAGAGUCGCCAGGUGAUCACUCCACCGACGGUGGGCCAGCGCAGUCAGCUCCGGCUGGUUAUUGUCAAAACCUACCUGAAUGAGAAUGGCUACGCUGUUUCCGGAAAGUGUGACCGAACCUGCAACACCCUUAUCCCAUUCCUGAUAUUUCUCUUCAUCGUUACCCUUAUAACAGCCUGUGCCCAGCCCUCAGCAAUCAUAGUGACACUCAGGUCUGUGGAAGAUGGGGAGCGGCCCUUUGCACUAGGAAUGCAGUUUGUUUUAUUACGAACUCUUGCUUACAUUCCCACCCCAAUUUAUUUUGGGGCUGUUAUUGACACCACGUGCAUGCUUUGGCAGCAGGAUUGCGGCGUACAAGGAUCUUGUUGGGAAUACGAUGUCACCUCCUUUCGUUUUGUCUACUUUGGGUUGGCAGCUGCUCUCAAGUUCGUGGGAUUCUUUUUUAUUUUCCUGGCCUGGUAUUCCAUUAAGUGUAAAGAAGAGCAACUGCAGAGACGGAGGUGGAUGGCUUCACCGGUGAACACUGUGAGCGAGAUGGUUGGCCAAGCUGGACCCCAACAAAACUAUGCACGGACUAGAUCCUGCCCUACUUUCAGUUCCCGAGGAGACAUUGGUGUGGCACAAGGAAUGAACUGCGUAGCACAGACAUACCCCGGCCCUUUUUCAGAAGCAAUAAAUUCCUCAAAUGAAAAUGCAUUGGAAGAAGUCACUGCUGAGAUAUAGACCCCUGGCUUGGUAAUGUAAUAUUUAGUUUUGUUGGUUGACUUAAUUACGGCGCCUUGUAAAACACCUGUGCCUUCUAUUUUUAAUCUAAAUGUAAUACGUGAUAAAACCAACAAAGCUUAAUGCAAACAACCAUGGUAUGUUUCUGAGGGCUGGAUACCUCAAACCAACCCAAGUUCUUAUUUCUCCCCUCCCGACGAUGGAGUUUUAAAAAUUGUGUUUGUAAUUAUUUCAGAUGUGUCCAUUAAAUGUCCAUGCUCUGAUCUAAUAGCACUGUAAGGGUGAGGUAUUAUGAACAGCAGAAGUCAGUGGAAGAGUGACAAAAACUCAUAUUGUUGAUGUCCAGACGUCACAAAAAUGCUUAAAUGUAUUGUCAACUUCAUAUCCACAAAUCGUAUUUUUAAGAGAUGAGUAAUUACUGUGAGUUCUGCUACAAAGCACAAUUGAACUUGUUUAAACUAUGCAACUUAUUUGGGUAAUUGUAUGUGCACCAAAUUAAGUUUGAAGUUUGCUUUUAAAGACAUUACUGCAA